AUGACCACUCUCAACACCACCGUCGCUCUCCGUAUUGGACCGCUCCUACUUGAUACCCUCUUCAAACAUUACUUGGAGCGAAAGACUGUCACCAAGGACUCGAAGGCACGCGAAGAGCUCUUGUACGAUGCAGCGUUCACCACUUUCAGGGCGUUUAUGGAGGCUGCAACCAAGCAUUCAGUCGAGGAACUCCAGCAGUUCUCUAACGUCCGCUUCCCUGCUCCUCCAUGGGUACAUCUCGUGCGCCUCCGUAUCCCCCUCUCGUCAUGCAACCAAGCCGCCCAGUAUCUUAUCACCGCCUUUGGGGGAGAGGAGAAGAUGCGCACCUUUGUUGGUGGGGUGAAAUGGUGGCAAGCACGCGGGCUGGAGGGGAUAGAUGCCCAGUGGGUGUGUAGUAAGAAAGACCUGGAGAGGGAAGAGAAAGCGCUCAGAGAGAGAAAGAGGGAGGCGACACUUGGUAUCAGAAGUCCAACGCUGGGGCCAAAUGGUGCGAGCGGGACUGGGGUCGGACAAAAAGACGCCGAGAAGACCGGGAGUGGAAGUGGGACCUUGCCAGGUGAGACGGGUGAGGAGGCGGUCUACUCCAGUGGGAUGGAUAGUAUGCGCUGUCUGCUUUAUCUGCAUGGUGGAGGAUACUAUUUUGGAUCGGUCGACCAGGAGAGAUAUACCAUGCAGCGUUAUGCACGGAAGAUGAAAGGUCGCUGCUUCGCGGUGGACUACCGGUUAGCGCCCCAAUAUCCCUUCCCCUGUGCAUUACAAGACUGCAUCGCUGCCUAUCUAUACCUCAUCCGUCCUCCACCUGGUGCAUCGCACGCCCCUAUCCCCCCAAAUCGUAUAAUCAUGGGUGGCGAUUCGGCCGGCGGAGGUCUAGUCCUUGGCCUCCUCCAAAUCUUGCGGGACACCGGCCUCCCCCUCCCAGGCGGGGCAGUGCUCAUCUCCCCCUGGUGCGACCUUACCCACUCCUUCCCCAGCGUCUUCCAGAAUACGGCGACGGACAUCGUACCCAGCUACGGGCUGAGCAUUCACAAGCCCAGCACGCUCUGGCCUCCUCCGCCAGAAGAUCUUUCGUCCAGCGUGCGGACCCGAAUCAGGGAGCGGAUACUCGAGAUCGUCCGUCCUCCCCGUUCUGCGAGCCCGGACCACACCCAUUUCACUCAAAAUGAGGAAGGCGUCGUCCCGCCACAUCGAACGCGCCGGCAUUCCCAUAGCUCGCAAAAGAGCGCACACUCCCAUAUUUCCCGCAAGUCACAGGAAACCCUCACGGUGAGGGGGGACACACGCCUGCCCCCGCACUAUCACGAAGACCCCGAAGCUGGGAGCGCGCUUCACCCACACGACCCGCUCCCUGCCCAUAUUCCUACUCCAGGACCAGAAGAACCGGCAGGCAAGCCCCUCUCCUCGUGGGACCCUACCCAGCCAGGCCCGAUCACCCUCACCGUCGAUGGCAGGGAAGCGACGAUCCGCAGCCAGGUGCAGCUGUAUUGUACGAACCAUCAGCUGACGCAUCCGCUUGUGUCGCCUUGUCUUGGGUAUUUGGGAGGGCUGUGCCCGUUGUUGGUUAUUGCGAGCGAUAAGGAAGUGCUGAGGGAUGAGAUCAUCUACAUCGCACACAAAGCCGCGCGACCUGAUCAAUACCCUCUCAAAGACCAGACACGCAAGCUGUAUCCCCACCUUGAGGGGAUCGAAAAACGCUACGGGCCCACGCCUGUACAUCUCCAGGUGUACGACGAGACGAGCCACGUCUUACCCCUCAUCUCGUUCUCCACGCCAGCGAAGUACUGCUAUCGUGCGAUCGCCGCUUUCUGCGUCCAUGUCACCCCCGGAGGAGUGCCAUCCCCCACGAGCCCCUUCCCAGAACCCAGCGAACUGAACAGCGCCACCUACCCACCACGGUCUGCAACGCUUGACGGCCUUCCGGAGAAGCAGAAGAAGCGCGCAGAUAUGCAUAUUGAUGUUGAUGGACUGCCCUGGAUCCUGCCUGAGUCGCCCCUCGCUAGCACCCCUGAGGAGGAAGAGGAAACAUGGCUCGCCGAGAGGAGCGGGGAGAAGGACAAAGAGGAGAAGGACGAUACAUGGCUGCUUGUCAACUCCCCUGAUGCGGAGACGAGGAAGGAGACAGAACUCCUGCUACAGUCACCUGAGACAGAGGCGGGGUCAUCCAGGGAUACUACUAUGGGCUUGCCGCAUCCUCUCAGCCCUUUGGAGAUGAAACCCGGCAAUUUGACCGAUAUCACCUCCGGUAAGGACAGUGAAGCGUCUGCUGAUCCACCGACCGAAGAUCGACCAGAAGCUGAUCUGUCGGAAGUUUCAAACUCUCAAUCGAUCCCAUCAGCAUCGACUGACCCUCCGGCAAUCGAAAUGCCUGCCCCUGACGAUCCGCUGCCUCCUGUACUCCCAGCCUCUACCAGUGCUCCUGAGCAUCGCAAGACCCAUUUCCCGAAGUUAAUGCUGCACGAUUCGUCCAAAGCUAGAGAAAGCGGGCGAGCCUUCACGUUCCCUGCCCAUUUGCUGCGUUCUAUGUCCUCUGCCCCCGACAAACAUAAGACACAGUCUGAUUUGAAGCAUGAAGACGGACAUACGGAUGGAAGAGCGCACCUGGUGAUGAAACAUGAGUCAAAACAAGCCAGCGAAGAUGUAGCCGGGCCGAGAUUCGGUGCGGUUCCUGAUGAUUCGCUGGGGAGGAAGGCCGGAGAUGCAUCAGUGUAUCAAAUGAAGGACCUUAUUGUCGACAACAUGAUCCGAGAACGUGUAUCUCGCACCGGUACCAUCCGCCCCCUGGAACCUCCUUCGGAACUUCCGGCGUGCGAAAUUGCUCUCGCUGAUAUCGGCGUCAUCAAAGAGAACGCAGCAAAGCGUUAUCUACACGGUCAAGCGUUAUGGGACAAGAAGUUUGCCUCUACCGUUCGCUCGGUAGAGAAGAACAGAAUCAAGCAUCUGAAACGAGCAGGAAAGGAUGCGGAUCGCCGAGCAUCUUUGUACGUUACGGGUAAGGUAAAUCAUCGGACGCUGAACGACGAAGACCCGACUUGGGGCUGGGGCUGGGCGGUCGAUGGAGAGGACCCUCCACCGAGUAGCAUCGUCGCACGCCGGGAUACGCAUGAGGCCAGACACCUGGCUCGUAUCGCUGAUAAGUCGUGGCAGGAAGACGCUGAAGACGAUAAGUGGGCUGGGAACAGACUCUGGACGCAACUCGCGGAUUGGCUCACUGGACCAGGCGACACGGACAACGAUAACCCGUUUGCAGAGGCCAACAGCAAUAAAGCACUGGACAGCUUGCGCAAGCGAGAGACCCUCCCGUCGAGCACCGGACAGGAACAACAACCCAAUGGUCAGCCCACAGUGAUUUUUCCCGACAAAACAGGUUCUGCUGCGCCUGGGCAUUCUGUACCUGAUGGUGUUUCCCCCAAGUCGCACACGCACAAGUCUACGCUCAAUCCGUUUUCGAAGUUUCAUGGUUCAGAUACUCAGCCCGCCAAUUCCCAGGAGCGAAAACCUACUCUCAAUAUAUUCCGUCAUCUCCAAAGAAAGGGACAAGCGGUCGAUGAUCAAGUUCCCAACUAA